AUGUCUGAGACGGCGCCGGCAGUCCCAACUGAUCCUGGACCAUCCCGUAUGGAGAAACCUCCAGCCAAGAAAAGAGGAAAAAAGCCCGUUGGCCUGGCAGGUGCAAACCGCAAGGGCCCGAGGCCCUCUGUAUCCAAGCUGAUCACUGAGGCGUUGUCAGUGUCGCAAGGGCGAGCAGGCAUGUCUCUGGCGGCACUCAAGAAGGCCCUGGCGGCGGCCGGCUACAACGUAGAGAGAAACAACAGCCGAAUCAAGUUGGGCCUCAAGAGCUUGGUGAACAAAGGGAUUCUGGUGCAGACCAGGGGUACUGGCGCCUCGGGCUCCUUCAAGCUCAGCAAGAAAGUUGUUCCACAGCCCACCAAGAGCAAAAUCAAAAAGUCUGGCUUUGGGAAGGCCAAAAAACGGGGCUUGUCCAGGGAUUCAAAGUCAACAAAGAGUGCCAAGACCAAGAGAGCCAAGAAGCCAAGGACAGCAGGAGCUAAGAAAGUUGCCAGGAGAGAGAGGAAGGGUAAGAGUGGCAAGGCCAAACAGCGGAAGAACCCAGCAAAGGCCAGAACAGGGAAGCUUAAGGCUGGGAAGCGGAAAGUAAAUCAGGAAAUAAACCCUAGGAAGGGUGCAUUGAAGAAGUGA